GGCCGUGGAACCCCCCAGGAGGUCACAAAGCCAGGCCGUGGUUUCCAGCGUGGGGAAGGUGCUGUGGGCACCACUCCAGCAGUGGCACCGCCGCAGAAGUGGCACUGGAGGCUCUGGUGGCACCUGCAGUGGCAGCAGUGACGAUGCAGGGGCGACGGGCCCCCGUCGGCCGUGUCCUCCUGGUGGGGCUGAAAGCCCUGGCAGCCUUUGCAGCCCUGGCAGUGCUGGUGGCCCUGUAUGCCCACAUCACCACGAGGGGCCAGGUGGAUAAGUCAGGCCCAUUGGGAGCAGCUCCUGCACUGCUCAAUUUGGAUCAUGAUGGCUCAGGCACCUUCCCACACGGUGCUCCAGAGAGGGAGGGACAGACAGUGCCAAGGAGCCAUUCCAUGUCCAAACAACAGUCAGAUCCAGGGAACUACGAGGAAGUAGUUCAGUUGAGCAUCUCUGUUCUGUUCCCAAAUGUGUCUGGAGGCAAUGGAGGAGAUGCAGGUUCUGGAUCUGGCUCUCCUGGAGGUCACAUGGAUACAUCUUCCCUUUGGGAACUGCCAGCUCAGAGCCCAACUGUGAGCGAGGCAUCUCCUGCAGGUCCAAAGAACGGAACUGAACCCGGAGACAUUUACUGGCAGCUGGAGGAAACACUGACUGAGGUCCUGGGUGCCCUGAAGGAGAUACCUGAUGUUGUGGAGCUCGAGACUGUGGAGGUACCUCAGAAAGGCCAUCAGGAGGUGCCAUUCCCUGGGGAAAAGCCGAGGGCUGCUCAGCCAACAGGAGAGUCAGGUGUGGACAAGAGGAGACUGGGCAGGACCAACCCAAAGGCUGUGGCUGGCAGGGCACACAGAGGAGCAGUGGAUGCUGAGACCAGCAGGAAGGUCCUUCUCAGCAACUGCCUGGUGGCCGUGGCCGGGGUGCUCACUGUGCUCUUCCUCUGCCUGGUGGUCCCUGCCUGGGCAAAGGACAUCCAAGGGCACCUGGCAACUUGGAGAGCCCGAUUCCGGCCCCUGGGCAGCAGGGAGGAGGUGGAGAUUUAGCAGUAGAAUAAUAGUAAA